UCAAAAAUAUUUCAUACAAAAACAACUUUUGCUUUAGCUUAAAAGUCAUCCAGGAGUAAAAACAAGUGAAACAACUAUGAGUCAACUAACUUCCCUUUUCCUCUUCUUCUUGGCUUCUCUAGCCUUUUUCUCCUUUGCCAGAGCUCAAGACAGAGCUCCACAUGGGCUGCUUUAUGCAAAUCCCAUGACUUUCCCACCUUCAGCAGUUGAAUUCUUUCAUCCGAAAACACAAAAACCUGAAACCUUUAACCCUUGCGCUUCAUCUAAUUGUUCUCCAUUACCAUUAGCAGCUCAAGUGGAGGCUACUAAAGCUCAUGAAAGCGAAAGCUCAAGAUUUCCCAACAGUGGAAGCAGAGUUGCUGGUUCUUGGGGUGCUGCUAGCAUUGUGUUUGGUUCUGUAUUUUUUGUGCUUCUGCAAAUGGGUGUUUAACAUAUAGAGUGAUGAUUUCACAAGUGAGUAAAUUAUGUUCAGUUACUAAAUAUUUUAUUUGCUCAUAAUUAUAAGGUUUUUAAUGAUAGUUAGAUGAAGCCUCGCUCAGUCCUCUCCAUGCUCUUCUGUAUUCUAAUCCAUACCUUCUUGUAUGCUAUUUAUUGUUUUUUGUAAUGUGGGUUAUGGAAUAUAUGUACCUCUGAUUUCAUCAGUGAUGGAUUGUAUGGUACUCGAAAAUUAUAUGAGUAUAGUGUUAAAGGGUGAUUUAUGUAUCAAUUAAAAGGGUGAUUGAAUCAUUCAACAUUAUGAUUGCACGCAAUGGGAGAGGGAGACAGAGAACUGUAGCUCCUGAGAGUCAACAAAGAAAUCUAUAAUAUGU